CUGUGUAUAAUAUUUCUUAAUUUCCGACCUACAAACGUUAGAGGAUCGUCGUGCACUUGCAUUCUUCGGCGAAAACUGCCACUGAGCAAAAACGUGGCUUCCCGGGAGUGUCUUGACAUAUCCUGACAGUGAAUCAAGUAGGCUUGACAACCUCCUCCUUGUUGGCCGCCCAACCGCCUGUUCCUUGCCUUCUCGGCAUGGUUGCGAACGGGAGCUAGUCUGUGGUCUAUCAGCUGGAAUCAUCUGCUUUUUGCAAGACAUGGCUUUGGUGGCUGUGACACGAGCUGGGCGGCAACAGCCACAAUACCAGGAUCGACUACCGGUUAGCCUGUCGUCGGUGCGAGCAGAAGCAUUCCAAAUCUCCAAAGCUUGCGCUCAUUACUUGCUCAGAGCUAGUUGGGGGGGAAGUCAGUCACCCCAUCCCCCUCCCCCCAUUGCCUCGUGCAACUUAAACUGUGCCAGUUCGCCGAGAACAUAUUUCCCGCAUAACAUAGCUUCGCCUAGGGCGGAUAUCGGCUUAGACCGGCCUGAAGUGCCCCCACUAUACUUCCAUAUGCCAAGUCUAACGAGAACACGCCUCAGCCCUUCCGCCUUUACAGCUAUAUACUCCGAGCUUGCGGGGUGCGGUACUAUCCAGGGCAAGUUGCGACGACAACCGCCACUUAUCCAGGCACACCCGGCACAUCACGUGUAGGUCGCGUUGUGCUACCGAUUUUAGUGUGCAUCAAAUAUCGUUUUUCAGGGACGGGGGCAGUUGAAACUCUAAUAAAUGCCACCAGCGGCGUCGUGUUCAGUAAUCAUUGAUCGCCGGCCAACGAUAUCGAGGUCGUCAUAUUUUCUCCCUCGGUUCUGCAAGAUACAGAGGACGCGCGAUCGUCUUCCCGAACACAUCAGCUCAUACAUUCGCAUGCCUGUGGCAUGACUAACAUGGACCCAUACAUGGUUCAUCUCAUCUCAUCGCUUGCGCCUCCGUAAGGCAUCAGUAAAGGGUCCUCUCGAUUGCAGAUCACUUGGUACAAAUCCAGUGGUGUUUGGGUAACAUAGAGUAGUUACUGCCCCUUUUAAUAAGAACAUCUUGGG